UUCAAAUGUGAGGCAAUUACCCACCGAAAACAAUGACUUUCCUAUUGAUUGUGUUGGAGAAUUCUGUGAUAAUAUAAUUUCGUCUGGUCUAUGAUGAACAGACACAAAGAACUGUAUGCAAAACAUUUUCAACAUCAACAGAAUAAAUGGAAAGAUUUAUUGCACAAACGUUUUAUGGAAUCAAUAAAAUUGAAACGUACACAUUUUAUUGAUCACUUACGAAAUAUACAUAAUUCAGAACGAGACAAUUUAACUGAUCAACUACUUCUUCAAGAGAAACGAGAACUUUUAAAAAGUUUGGUUGAAGGUAGUGAAGCAGAACAAUUAGAUCUGGAUAGUUUAAUCUUACUACAAGACAGAGUUUUGGAGGAAUUAUCUGUUGAUAUUGAAGAAUAUUUAAAUCCAGAAUUUUGGAAUGAUGCCUAUGAUGUUAAUCAAUGUCAUUUAACAAACAAAUCUAACAGUGAACAGGUUCUUUGUCCUUUAUGUCGAAUUGGUUAUCUAUCAAUGGAUAAUACAAUUCUCACUUGUUCUUCGUGCAGUUUAAAUUUAGAUACUCAAACAGAUAGUCUCAAUCUCAACACCAUAAAAUGUAGUUUAAUCGAUGCUGAAACAAAGCACACAACAUCCGGUUGUCCCAAUACAUCAUUACAUGCUUGGCUCAUUGAACAGAAUACCACUAAUACACAAAUUAAUCAUUCAGAUGUCAAUGAACUACCGAAUAAAUCUACAGAUAUUGUCACACUGUUAUGCAUUGGAUGUGAUCAAUGUUCAUUUAUGGAAGUUGUUGUUUGAAAAAAUUGAAAUUGAAAUCUUACACCAAAAAUUUAAUAACUUCAUUGAAUCCAAAUAAAUAACUGAAACGAAAACACUUUCAUACACUGAAAAUGAAAUUGAGAUGAUGAUGAUAUUUUUUUCAUUGAGAAUUAAUUUUUUCAAGAACUCCAUUGUUAUAUUGAUUUUAUUGAUACUGUGUAAAAAAAGCAAGCUUUAUUUAGUCUUGGUAACAAUGUUGUCAAGACUGGCGAUAUAAUACUUCCCCCAUAUUGUAAAAUAAAAGCGCAUUAGUAAAUAAAUAAGAGACUAUAAUCUGAAGAAAUCC